AUGUUGGUGCUUAACUGUUCCACCAAAUUGCUAGUGCUGGAAAAGAUGUUGAAGGCUCACUUCCCUGAAUCACUCAAGGUUUAUGGAGCAGUGAUGAACAUGAAUCGUGGGAAUCCCUUUCAAAAGGAAGUGGUAUUGGAUUCAUGGCCAGACUUCAAAGCUGUCAUCACCCGGCGAAAGAAAGAGGCUGAGACAGAUCACUUGGAUCACUAUACCAAUGCCUAUGCUGUGUUCUAUAAGGAUGUCAGAGUUUACCAGUGGCUCUUAGAAGAGUGUGAUGCUAUCAAUUGGGACCAAAUUUUUCAAAUACAAGGGCUGCAGAGUGAAUUGUGUGAUGUUUCACGAGCUGUUGCCAGCUCAAAACAGUUGAAUGUAAAGCUGACUUCCUUCAAGGCUGUUUACUUACCUCCUAUUUCCGUCCAGCCAGACACCAGUCACCUACUGUCGUCCCGACCCCCACGACUUACCUACCUGAGUGUUGCUGACGCGGAUCUUCUCAACCGGACUUGGUCUCGGGGUGGCAAUGAGCAGUGUCUCCGGUACAUAGCAAAACUCAUUUCCUGCUUCCCUAGUGUGUGUAUCCGUGAUGACAAGGGAAACCCAGUCUCAUGGUCUCUGACAGACCAGUUCGCCACUAUGUGCCAUGGCUACACCCUGCCAGAGCAUCGCAGGAAAGGCUACAGCCGCCUUGUGGCCCUCACACUAGCUAAGAAGUUGCAAAGCAGGGGAUUUCCCGCUCAAGGCAACGUCCUGGAUGACAAUGUAGCAUCACUAAAUCUCCUGAAGAGUAUCUGCACUGAUAUAUUGCCUUGUCGUUUUCACAGGCUUAUUCUUACCCCGGCAACUUUAUCUAGCAAGGCUUUCCAUUAG